GUCAGGGAAGGUGCUGGGGGUGAAGGUCCAAUGGGAAGUGGUAGGCUAACUGCAUCGACAAUUUGUGGAGAACCAUCAGCACCAGUAGUCAACACAGUUUCAAGUAACAAAUUUCCUAAAAUGAUCAACAUUUCCUGGCAGCAGUUGACGGUUGAGGAGUCCAAGUGUUCAGCUGGUGUAGAUCGUUACACCAUAUCUUAUAGACCUGUUAAUACAGACAUGGCCAUGGUCACUAAUGAAACAACAAAAGAUUCUUAUACAAUAAUGGGACUUGAAACAUACACAGAAUACAGCAUCUCUGUAGCAGCAAGUAACAAAGAUUUCCCUGGGAAUGCACGAGUGGUACAAGUGUUCUCACCUGAAGAGAAGCCUCCGCCUCCAGACGUCUCAGCAGAACAUGAGGGUACAUACCUCACAGUUUUCGUAAUGCCUUCUGAAUCAAUUGGCAAUAAUCUGUAUGGGGACAUAAAGGAGUAUGAUGUUAGAUACAGAUUAGCUGAUAGUGAUGAGGAGUGGAUUAAUGUAACAGUUACAAAAGAUCAAGGAAGAAAUGGUUACAAAAUAACAAGUCUAGAAACUGAUGCAAGCUAUGAAGUCAGUGCUAGAGUUAUCAAUGGGGCAGGUAAUGGAAAUUGGAGCGAAUCUUCCAAAGCAGAAGCAAUUGAAAAAUCAGACGAUAGCUCAACUGGACUAAUAAUUGGAGCUGUUUUUGGUAUUCUCGUUCUUAUAUGUUUCAUUGUCUUUCUGGUACUCUUCCUCCUUAGACGUCAACGUCAAAGUCCCAGAAAGCAGAAUGAUGCCCUGGUGUAUCAGCACCAAGAAAGUACAUUUUCAGAAAAUCAUAAGCAAUCUCAAGAAUAUUUAAGCCCAGAAGUUACAAAACCUAAGGAAGAAAUAACGACUCCUGAACUUGAACGCAAAGCUGGCCGCGUAUCUAUUAUACCACAAUUGCCAGAUAAUUUUGAGGAAAUGUAUCAGAACGUAGAAAAUAUACGCCCAAUAAGCAUAAAAGAUCUUCCAGACUUCGUUGCAAAGAAACGAUUGAAUACCCUUGAUGGUCUUCAGCAUGAGUAUGGGAAACUUCCAAAAGGGCAGACUCACCCCUGGGAGGUUGCAUCAAGAUCAGCGAAUCGAACGAAAAACCGAUUCAAAAAUAUUGUGGCAUAUGAUCACUCAAGGGUUGUCCUUGAGGAGUUAGAAGAUGACCCAGAGUCUGGAUAUAUCAAUGCUUGCUAUAUAGAUGGCUACAACAAGAGUAACUUUUACAUUGCAAGUCAAGGACCGAAUAAUUCUUCUUUGAUUGAUUUCUGGCGUAUGAUUUGGCAAGAAAAUGUGACAUCUAUUGUGAUGUUAACCAAUAUCAUUGAGUCGGGCAAGGAGAAGUGCAAGAAAUAUUGGCCAGAAAACCGAGGUCACGUUGCAGAGUUUGGUGACCUCAACAUACUUCUUGAAGUCACUGAAAACUAUGCAGACUACAAGAUACGUUCCUUCAAAGUCUGGGAGGGGGAGAGUGAUGAUUUUCGACGUGUCAAACAAUACCAUUUCACCUCUUGGCCUGAUAUGGGUGUACCUCUUUAUGCGACUGCUGCCCUCAACUUUAUCAAGAAAAUCAAGCAGGAUAGGAAUCAAAGAGCCACUGCUCCCAUUUUGAUCCACUGCAGUGCUGGUGUUGGACGGACAGGAACGUACAUUGCCAUUGAUGCCAUGUUGGAUAUGAUCAAUAAGGAAAAGAAGGUUGAUGUCUUUAAUUUUUUGCGAAAAAUAAGGGAUCAGCGAAUCAAUAUGGUCCAGACACCUGAGCAGUAUGUGUUCAUAUAUGAUGCUCUAUUGGAGUAUUGUCUUUGUGGGGACACCGCAUUUAACACCAGUAACUUCCAAACACGCCUCUCACAACUGAAGCGUCUUAAUCCGCAGACAAAAAGGACCUACAUAGAGGAAGAGUUUAAGGUUUUACAACAUGUGACUCCUUAUCCUACUGCAGAUCAUUGCAAAGGUGGUCACAAGCCAGAAAACAUCAAAAAGAACCGUGUCUCAAACAUCAUACCAAUCGAUCGUAAUCGUCCCUUUUUGGUCACUGAGAGUUCUGCAGGAGGGAAUGAAUACGUCAAUGCAUCAUUUUUAGAUGGGUAUAGGCAGAAGGACAAGUUCAUAGCAACGCAGAUGCCGUUACCAAACACUGUAGGCGACAUGUGGCGCUUAAUUUUUGAUUGGAAUGUUCGUUCUGUCGUCAUGCUUAAUGACAUGGAUCCAGAUGACGCUUCAUGUGCUCAGUAUUGGAUAGAUACAGAAGGCAGUAGUGAGCAGUUUGGUCCUCUGGUUGUUAAAUUAGAAUCCAAACAGAAAAAAGGAGAUCACAUCACUAUCAGGCAGUUCAAAGUUAUCAACAAAAACAAAUCUGGCCAGAAAGCUUCUUGUAUCGUACAUCAGUACCAGGUUCAUGGAUGGAUGGUGAACCAGGACAUUCCCGAGAGAUCUACCACAUUAUUGGAGGUCCUGGAAUUGGUGGACAACAAUCAACAUGACUAUCACCAUGGCAACCAUCCUAUCUUAGUUCACUGCAUCAACGGUAUUGGUAGAAGCGGUAUCUACUGCACAGUAGUAGAAGUUGUAGAGAGGAUGAAACUGGAGAAUGUCAUCGAUGUUUUCCAAACGCUCAAAAAGCUACGCUCCAACAGACCAGGCUUAGUUCAGAAUGUUGACCAGUACAUCUUCUGCUAUGACAUCAUAUCCAACUACCUUGGAUGCUUUGAGACGUAUGCAAAUCCAAAUUCGUAAUUUUUUUUUAAU